AAAUAAUAGAAUAGAAAUACUUUCGACCUUCGUGCUAGCUUAAGAGGAAAAUUUAUAAGGAGGUAGAAUAUAUUGUCAUGAAUUCUCACUCUCAAAAUUAUUUUUACAGAUAAAAUUGAACUAAAGGUGAUGUGCAUUCUUUUAUUUUUUUACGCAUAUUUUUCUUCGUGCAUAGUCAUUAGGACAUGAAAGGUUUCGUAUUCAUGCUAGUGUUAGGCUUAGCUGCAGCAUCGAUAGAAGAUUCAGAUAAAAUCACUCAGAUAAACAUCCGUAAAUUCUUAGAAGUGCUAAGAAAGGUUCAAGUACCCGAAGAAGAGAAUGAACAAUUCUUUACUGACCUGAUGAUCAAGGUGGCACAAACAGAAAACGGGAAAAAAAUGAAAAACACUAUCAACGACAUACUGGAUCAGUUGACAUCGGGCGAAUCUGAAAGAAAAGUGAAACAACGGGAAUUUUUAGAUAAGGUAAAAUUAUUCCAAAUUCUGUAUUGUUAUCGAUAUUCAAUAUUUUAUUAGAUAUCUUGUUUAGUU